CCCAGCCGAAUGAAGUCGCGCUGGCGAGCGGCUACCCCGGGCAUCCUCCAGAGCAGGAGCGCAGGGAGGAGGCAGGCAAGGAGCCGCCGCCAGGGAAGCGAGCGGGUGAGGAGCGAGCCGGCCGGCUUCCCCGGAGCAGAUCGCCGCCGCCGCCGCCGCGCGGGCGCCCAACUCUUGGCCGAAGAAGUCCUCGGAGGGCUUCCCCCGCCGCCCCCUUCUUCGCCGCCGCCGCCCGCCCGCCCGCCCGGGACAAAGCCAUGAAGCCGGCGCUGCUGGAAGUGAUGAGGAUGAACAGGAUCUGCCGGAUGGUCCUGGUCACUUGCCUGGGGUCCUUCGCCCUGGUCAUCUUCUAUUUCCAAAUAAUACGUAGGAAUCCAUUUGGAAUGGACAUCUGUUGCCGGAAGGGAUCAAGAAGCCCGUUGCAGGAGCUGUACAAUCCAACCCAGAGGUUCAUCUACUCCAGCACUCAGUCUCCAGAGAUGGCUAGCCAGAUGCCUGUGGAAGAUCAUAAACAUGGUCUAAAGUUGGAACUGUCCAGCACAGCGAUCCUUCAUCAGAUCCGAAGGGAUCAAGUCACAGACACAUGCCGAGCCAACAGCCUGUCGAGCAGGAAGCGACGUGUGCUGACACCAAAUGACCUUAAGCAUCUGGUGGUGGAUGAAGACCAUGAGUUGAUAUAUUGCUAUGUACCUAAAGUAGCCUGCACCAACUGGAAAAGAGUCAUGAUGGUCUUGACAGGGAGGGGCAAAUAUAGUGAUCCGAUGGAGAUCCCAGCCAACGAAGCUCAUGUCUCUUCCAACCUGAAGACACUCAACCAGUACAGCAUCCCAGAAAUCAAUCACCGCUUGAAAAACUACAUGAAGUUCCUGUUUGUUCGUGAGCCUUUUGAAAGGCUGGUGUCGGCCUACAGAAACAAAUUCACCCAGAAGUACAACACCUCUUUUCACAAGAGGUAUGGUACCAAAAUUGUGAAACGCCAAAGGAAAAAUGCUACCCAAGAGGCUCUGCACAAAGGCGAUGAUGUGAAAUUUGAGGAAUUUGUGGCUUAUCUCAUAGACCCUUACACGCAAAAAGAAGAGCCAUUCAACGAGCACUGGCAAACUGUCUUCUCCCUCUGCCACCCAUGCCACAUCCAUUAUGACCUCAUAGGGAAAUACGAGACACUCGAAGAGGAUUCCAACUAUGUCCUUCAGCUUGCAGGAGUAGGCAGCUAUCUCAAGUUCCCCACCUAUGCAAAGUCUACAAGAACUACUGAUGAAAUGACCACAGAGUUCUUCCAGAACAUCAGCUCGGAACACCAAACACAGCUGUAUGAAGUCUACAAACUUGAUUUUUUAAUGUUCAAUUACUCAAUGCCAAGCUACCUGAAGUUGGAAUGAGCCAGAAAGAGAGAAACGGGAAAGAAAAAUAGCUGUUUUAUUUAAGAUUUUUAUUUGUCAUAAUUACAUAUGAAGAAUGGGUUAUUUUGUAAGUUAAUUUUUUUAUGAUGCUGCAAGCAGCAUAGUCAAAAUUUAUUAUUUAAAUUGUCAAAAAGAAAAGAACAGUUCUGUUUCUGGAGUAAGGAAAUCACAGCGCCUAUAGUCCUAGCUGUGACUAGUUCCUGCUAGACUGUUUGGGGAGGGAAAUGUUCUUUGUGUCCUGAUGAAUUCUUUUUUUUUCUUUUGGCAUUCUUCAUAAGUCCUAGCCUUUGUGUUAUUUAUGCUUAUUUAAGUAAACAAUUGAUUCCACA